GGCCCGGGAGCGGUGGGUGUCCACGAUGGCUGCCGGCGGCGGCUCCUCGCAGAGUAAAAACCAUGGCCAUGGACCUCAUCAGCCUCAUACGUGCAGCUGUCACCAUGUCCACAGUGAUGAAGAUCUAUCGAUGCUGCCUGAAUCAUAUCCAUUUGUUGAGGACCCUAGUACCUGUGAUAUUGUCAAGGCUACGCAGUAUGGAUUACUAGAGCGAUGUAAAGAACUGGUAGAAGCAGGAUACGAUGUUCGGCAGCCAGACAAAGAAAAUGUGACUCUUCUUCACUGGGCAGCAAUAAACAACAGGCAGGAGCUGGUUAGAUUUUAUAUUUCCAAAGGUGCGAUAGUGGAUCAACUAGGUGGAGAUUUAAAUUCAACUCCACUUCACUGGGCUAUCAGGCAAGGACACCUACCUAUGGUGAUAUUAUUGUUGAAAUGUGGAGCAGAUCCCAGUCUUAUUGAUGGGGAAGGAUUCAGCAGCAUUCAUUUAGCAGUGCUGUUUCAACACAUGCCUAUUGUAGCUUACCUCGUAUCAAAAGGCCAGAAUGUAGAUACAACGGACUUCAAUGGACAAACACCUUUAAUGAUAUCAGCACAAAAAGUGAUUGGACCAGAACCCACGAGGUUUCUCUUAAAGUUUAACCCUUCUCUCAAUGCUGUAGACAACAUUCAUAAGAAUACUGCAUUGCAUUGGGCAAUUACAUCAGGAAAUAUAAGUGCUGUGGAUCUGUUGCUGGAAGCUGGUGCUAGCAUGGACAUAAAAAAUAUCAAGGGAGAGACGCCGCUUGACCUUGCUCGUGCAACUCAAAAUCACUUCAUUGUUUAUAUGCUAACUGAGGAAGAGAGAAUGAGAAGCAGAAAAAAUUGCAGGUUGCUUAGAACAGUAGAGAAAUAUGAGCUUUUCCUGCUGUUGGCUUUGUCCCUGACAUUGAUGUGGGCCAUAGGAUGCAUAAUGGACUUAAGUUCUGAUUCUUGGCUUUUGAAAGGAGGUCUGCUUCUCUUGAUACUAUUUGGAAUGACUCUGUUUGUGAGGCGAUGUGUGGGGCUCCGGAGCCUAAGGUAUCUUCCUACCACAUUCAUGCUAAGUUCAAUUUUUUGGAUGUCUGUGACCUGGUUUUUCUGGUUCCUGCCUGUGCAUGUAGCUGACACAAUAUUCCAAAUUACUGUUGUGUUCAGCAUAGUGGGUCUUCUUUAUUAUUUCUAUAAAACUUGGAGAACUGAUCCUGGAUACAUUAAGACUUCAGAAGAAGAAAAAAAAGAGAACAUUGUUGCUCUUGCAGAAGCAGGUUGCUUGGACUUCAGAACAUUUUGCACAUCAUGUCUUAUAAAGAAACCUUUGAGAUCUAUGCAUUGCCUUGCUUGUGAUUCUUGUGUAGCCAGAUAUGAUCAGCAUUCUCUAUGGAUUGGACAGUGCAUAGGCAUUGGCAACCAUCAUUAUUACGUAUUGUUCCUGUUUUUCCUAACUUUGACUGGUAUCUGGCUGCUUUAUGGAACUCUUUUGUAUUGGUCAAACCACUGUCCAACAACUUACCGUCAAGAUGGAGCAUGGACUUACUUCACACAGAUAAUAUAUUGUUCUCCAUGGGUUUUCUACAUCUUCACACUAGCCUGUUUCCAUACUGUGUGGGCUUCAUUAUUGCUAAUUAUUCAGCUUUAUCAGAUUACAUUUCUGGGAUUGACCUCACAUGAAAGAAUGAACCUCCUGAUACAGAACAAGUCAUCUAAGCACCCUGUUUCACUCAGGAGAACUCCAUACAAUCUUGGAUGCUUCCAGAAUCUUGCAGACUUUUUUCAGUGCGAGUGCCUUGGUAUGUUCAAACCCAAUGUAAUUGAUUGGACCAAACAGUACAAUCUCUUUCAUCUGGCAAAGGAGAAAAAUCUUUAUUCUGUGUGAAGAAAAGUAUUGCUGAAUUUCUAGAACAGAUGAGCUAAAAGCUAAAUAAAACUGGCUAUUUUUUAAAUCUUUACAAA